AUCACACCGUCUCGCCAGUGCGUUUUAACGUCUGUUAGCUGGCGUGUGUCAAGACUCGAAUGACAAUACCGACUUUUGUUUUUGUUUGUUUUAUUUACCAAAAAAGAGUAGCAUAACAUGUAGUUUGUUUUUAAGUACUUUUUCAUCGUGUUAACAAUGGCGGAAGUGGCAACUUCAGCGCAACGGGCCUUUCUGGAGAUAAGUCCCGUGCAGCGAGUGGACGCUAACAAGGAGAACGACGUUCCGGUUUUGAGUCUGAUUCAGUUCUCGAAGCCACCGUUUGUGACUUUUGGGUCUGUGAAGCUGGGCACCUCGAAGUCGGCCGUUUUGCAGCUUAGGAACCCCAUAGAGGAUGUCGAAGCGGAGGUUACGGUGGAGAAGAUCCCCUCCAGCAAAGGGUUCUCCGUGGACCACAGCACGUUCACGAUCCAGCCUGAAGGCUCCUUCAACCUGACCAUAAGGUGGACCCCAACAGAAGAAGGUGGGACCAGGGAGCUCAUCGCCUUCAGCGCCAAUGGGGUCCUCAAACACCAAGCUGUCCUGCUGGGGAGAGCAGAAGCACCCAAAAAGAAAAAGAAGAGCUUAUGGGACUCCAUCAAAAACAAGAAAGGGACGGAAAAUUCACAGAAGUCGACGAGAGCGGCGUGUCCGCGGAAGAUGGCGGUGAACAAAACCUUCCAGGUGUCCCGGCAGCCUCAGUAUAAGCGGGAAAAGCCCCGCAGCCCGCUGGCGUCGCUCAACGAGCCGGAGGGGGUCAGAGGUCGCCCCCCCGCCAAGGACGGCCCGCAGAGGGCAGCCGUGCCGGGCCGGCGGCCCGCCGUCCUGUCCGACCAGAGCAACGCUCCUCCUGGACAGAAGGACUCGCCCGUCGUCCUCCUCGUCCCGACAGCAAAGGUCGUCCACUGUGCCGGCGGGUCAGCGAGUCCCGACAGAGAACUCACCGAGGCGUUUAGCAGAACCCUGUCGCCCAUCGGCACGCCAGACAUGUUCCAGAAGCUGAUGCCGCGCCUCGACUCCGCCGCGGAGAGCACUGCUGACGGCGGGUCCUCCCUGCCCUCCCUGAAAGACGCCCUGGUUCUGAUAGACUCUGAGCUCGGACAUCUGGACUCCAGUCCCAGGAACGUUAGCUCUGGCUGUGAGUUCUCUGAUUCUCUGGAGUCUAAGAGCGGGGAUCAUGGCGGCGGCGCCCUGGAGGCGGACAGCCUGGAGGCGCCGCCGCCUCCCGAGCCCAGACUCACGUUCUUCGUCUGCAAAAAGGUCUCAGAGGAGAGGGAGGUGGUAGAAAAGACGAAGGUCACCUUCACGACUGCCACGGUGACGAAGGGCAAGGCGAGCGUGGAGGUCGGCAGUCCGGGCGCGAGGAGAUCAAAGAAGUCUCGCCGCCGACUCCUGGAGAAAACGCUGGAGCUGUCAGACGGCGGCGGCGGCCAGAGCGACUCCGGCACGCCGGUCCUGCCCGUCAUCCACGCCGAGACCAGGACCCCGCCCAGCGACGCCGGACUGCGGGUCCAGGAGUUCUCCUCCUCCAGCCCCGAUCCGAGGCUUCACGCCUCACCUGCGCUCAAACCCUUCCCCAUGUCCCCCCCGCCGGACACGGCUCCGUCCCGCGUCUCCUUCUCAGACACCUCCUCCCCUCUGCCGGUCACCGUCGCCCCGCCGCCCCCAGCGAGCUCCUCGUCCCCUCUGCCCGCCGUGUCCCGGGCCGAUUCUCCCCAGGAAGACUUGUUCCCCGUUCAAGUGGCGGCGAACAGCAAGAAGAGGAAGAGCGAGGAGUCUUCGAAGGCUGAUCUGCAGACAGGAGACUCUGGGAAACAGCAGCAGGUGAAGAGGAGCAGGGUUGUGGUCGGGAAAACGGAGCCGCCGUCAGUGCGGAGCCGGAGGAGCGCAUCUCAGCGCCAGAGAGUCACAACUUCGACCCAAUCUGUGACCACUCCGUCUCUGAGGACAGGAAGGUGGACAGCAGGCGUCCAGGCGAAGCGGCCGAGCUCCAAAGUUUCCGCGCAAAGUACUUUGUCUCUGAAGGCGUCGGGUUCCCAGUCGGUGAAGAUCUCAAAAGUAGUUGCUGUAGCUCAGUCAAAGCUCACCUUCGUCAAGCCUGCACAGACGGCUUUACCAAGGCACCCGAUGCCGUUCGCUGCCAAGAACAUGUUCUACGACGAGAGGUGGAUCGAGAAGCAGGAGAGAGGAUUCACCUGGUGGCUCAACUACGUCCUCACCCCCGACGACUUUAAGGUCAACACCGAAGUGGCUAAAGUAAAUGCCGUCUCGCUCGCCUUGGGGAACGAGGAUAAGUUCAGCGUGCCCAAAGCUCCCACCAAGGAGGAGAUGUCCUUCAGCACCUACACGGCCAAGCGGAAGCUGAACCGCCUCCGCCGCUCCGCCUGCCAGCUCUUCACCUCCGAGGCCGUGGUCAAAGCCAUCCAGAGGCUGGAGCUGGAGGUGGAGGCCCGGCGGCUGCUGGUGCGCAAAGACCGCCACCUCUGGAAGGACAUCGGUGAACGUAAGAAAGUCCUGAACUGGCUGCUGUCUUACAAUCCGCUGUGGCUACGGAUCGGCCUGGAGACCAUCUUCGGGGAGCUGAUCUCGCUGGAGAGCAACAGCGACGUCUUGGGUCUGGCCAUGUUCGUCCUCCAGCGGCUGCUCUGGAACCCCGACAUCGCGGCCGAGUUCAGGCACGCCCGCGUGCCUCACCUUUACAAAGACGGCCACGAGGAGGCGCUGUCCCGCUUCACGCUGAAGAAGCUGCUGCUGCUCGUCUGCUUCCUGGACAAAGCCAAAGAAUCCCGUCUGAUCGAACACGAUCCGUGUCUCUUCUGCGUCGACGCCGAGUUCAAGGCCACUAAGGACCUCCUGCUGGCCUUCUCCAGAGACUUCCUGAGCGGGGAGGGGAUUCUCCCACGGCACCUCGCCCACCUCGGCUUCCCGGUCUCCCACGUGCAGACGCCCCUCGACGAGUUCAACUUCGCCGUGAAAAACCUGGCAGUGGACCUGAAGUGUGGCAUUCGCUUAGUGCGCGUGAUGGAGCUGCUCGUCCAGGACUGGAGCUUGUCGGCAAAGCUCCGCCUGCCGGCCAUCAGCCGCCUGCAGAAGGUGCACAACGUGGACGUGGCUCUGCAAGUGCUGAGAGGCAAAGGGAUCGACCUCAAGGAUGAAAGCGGGUCCAUGAUUGACUCCAGAGACAUUGCGGAUGGGCAUAGAGAAAAGACCCUUAGCCUCCUGUGGAAAAUCAUCUUUGCAUUUCAGGUGGAGGUGAUCCUAGACGAGGAUCAGCUCAGGGAGGAGGUCGUCUUCCUGAAGAGAGCUCUGAGGACCAAGAGAAGAAUGGCCCUGGUGAGGGCCGACAAGGGCCUUCAGCCGAGCCCGGCGAAGACCAGGCCGCCCUACGAACACGCGAGCCCAAAGCUCUGCCUGCUGAUGGACUGGGUCUGCGCCGUGUGCGACUUCUACCACCUGAAGGUGGAGAACUUCACCGUGUCGUUCUCUGACGGCCGCGUCCUCUGCUUCCUGCUCCACCACUACCACCCCAGCCUGCUGCCGGCGGCGUCCAUCAGCCACCGCACCACGCAGACCGUGGAGUGCUCCCCGAGGGGCCGCCUGGAGCUCAGCUGCUCAGCCAGCGACUCCGACGGCUCCUUUGACCCCGGACCGACGGACCAGGACGAGCAGGAUUCUCCGUCGUUGGUGUUUAAAGAGCUUCUGGAAAACGAGAAGAACAACUUCCACCUGGUCAACAGUGCAGUGGCCUUCCUGGGCGGCGUGCCGGCCAUGAUCAACCCAGCCGACAUGUCCAACACCAUCCCCAACGAGAAGGUGGUGAUGUCUUACCUGUCCUUCCUCUGCGCUCGGCUCCUGGACCUGCGAACCGAAACCAGGGCGGUGCGGAUCAUACAGGCUGCAUGGAGGAAGCACAAACUAAAGAAAGAUCUGCUGCUCUAUGAGGAGCGAAACACGGCGGCCAUGAAGCUCCAGGCGGUGGUGAGAGGUUUCCUCAGGAGACGCAGAGCCCAGAGGCAGACCCGAGCCGCCACCAUCAUCCAGUCGUUCUGGAGAGGUCAUUCAGCUCGGAACCGGCUGAGGAUGCAGAAAGAAGCCGAGCUUCUCGCUCUGCAGCAUAAAGCAGCUUCUGUCAUCCAGGCUCGCUGGAGGACGUUUUCCACCAUGGCGGCUUAUCGGCGCCUCCGUUAUUACGCCGUCGUAGUCCAGGCCCAAUGGCGGAUGAAGAUGGCCGCCAGCGCUUACGCUAACGCCCGGCGGGCCGCCGCUGUCCUUCAGAGGUACGCUCGAGCUCGGGCGCUGAUGAAAACGGAGCGGGAGCGGUACCUCCUCGUCCGGAAGGCAGCGGUGACGCUCCAGAGGUCGUACAGGAGAUGGAAGGACCAGAAAACUAAAAAGGAAAACGGCGCCGCCCGAACGAUCCAAGCCGCGUUCAGGAGGUGGCGUGGAGACGAAACGGCGCGACGAGCCGCCGCCGCCGUGAAGAUCCAGUCCUGGUACAGAACGCAGACGCUGGCCCGUCGGUACCGGAGGAUCAGGAGGAGCGCGGUGCUCCUCCAAGCUCUCCUCAGGGGACACGCGCAGAGGCGCCGCUUUGAGGCGCUGAAGCUGCAGCACCGCUCCGCCGCCGUGGUCCAGGCCGCCUUCAGGGGACACCUGGCCAGGAAGCGGCUCGCCACGACCAGACGCGCCGCCACCACCAUCCAGCGCUGGUUCCGGGCCUCCGUGGAGCGCCAGGCGUUCGUACGGAUGAGGCGAGCAGCCGUUUCCAUACAGGCGGCCUACCGUGGAAAAACGACCCGAGAGUCGCUCAGAAAGCGCCGCCGGGCCGCCACCGCCAUCCAGGCGGCGUUCAGGAAACACGCCGCCAGGAAGAAGUUUCUUCUCCUGAGAAAAGCUGCCGCCGCCGUACAGCAGCGCUACAGAGCUACAGUUUUAGCGCGGAGGACACGGCGGGACUUCAGAGCUCUGAGGACGGCGGCGGUCGUUGUCCAAGCCGUCUGGAGAGGCCGAUGUGAGAGGAGCGGCCUCAAGAGACGGCAUCGCUGCGCCACCCUGAUUCAGGCUCACUAUCGCCGACACAGAGCCCAAAAAGAGUUUAGAGCCAUGAGAGCGGCAGCUGUGGUCAUACAGCGGCGCUAUAAGGCUGUUCUGGUGGGAAAUGGUGUAAGGAAGGAGUAUCUGGAGAGGAAGGCGGCGUGCGUUACCCUCCAAGCUGGGUUCAGAGGCAUGAGCGUGAGGUCAGGGCUGAGGAAGACGCACGAAGCCGCGACCGUCAUUCAGUCCGCCGUCAGGAUGCUGGCAUGCAGGAAGCGAUACGUUCUCCUUCAGAGCGCCGCCAUCGUCCUCCAGAGCAGGUACCGGGCCAAGGUGGUCGGGGAGGAGCAGAGGAGGAGGUACCGAGCCGAGAAGAGCGCCGCCGUCGUCCUGCAGGCCGCCUUCCGAGGGAUGAAGUCGAGGCGAAGCUUGAGACAAAGACACGAGUCUGCCAGAGUCAUCCAGAGAGCUUUUAGGACCUACUGGGAACGCAAGCGCUUCCUUUCCUUAAAGGUCUGCGUCGUCACAGUUCAGCGCCGAUAUCGAGCUAACGUGGCAGCAAAGCAUCAAAGACAGCAGUACGAGCAGAUCAGGAGGGCAGCUGUCGGUCUCCAGGCGGCGUUCAGAGGACGCCAGGCGAGGAAGGAAGUUUCUCGCUGGCAUCAGGCUGCAGCUGUGAUCCAGGCCCAGUUCAGGAAGCACAGAGAGCGGGUCAAGUUCCAGGCGAUGCGUCUGGCCGCCGUCAUCAUCCAGAGACGCUACAGAGCUCUGAUCCUGCAGAGGAGAGACAGGGAAGACUUCCUGCAUCUGAGACGCUCUGCUGUCGUCCUGCAGGCGGCGUUCAGAGCUCACCGCGUGAGAAGAACGGUUGCAGAGAUGCACCGAGCCGCUACUGUCCUCCAGUCUCACUACAGGAGACGUAAGCAGCAGGAGGCCUUCAGGAGACGACGCUGGGCGGCGUGCGUCCUGCAGCAGAGGUUCAGAGCCCAGAGGCAGAAACAACGGGCUGUAAAACAUUUCCAGCAGGUCAGAAGAGCCGCCGUCCUUCUGCAGGCUGCGUAUCGAGGAAUGAAGUCCAGGCAGCUUUUGAGGCAGAGGGAGGAGGCUGCACGAGUGAUCCAGAGACUUUACCGGGCCCGCUGUGGACGCAAGCAGUUUGUGACCUUAAAGAACGUUGUGGUAAACAUUCAGCGCCGAUAUCGAGCUAACGCUGCAGCCAGAAAACAAAGACAGCAGUACGAGCAGAUCAGGAGGACAGCAGUCUGUCUCCAGGCGGCGUUCAGGGGGCUUCAGGUCAGAAAGUGUGUCGCUCGCUGGCAUCAGGCUGCAGCUGUGAUCCAGGCCCAGUUCAGGAUGCACAGAGAGCGGGUCAAGUUCCAGGCGAUGCGUCUGGCCGCCGUCAUCAUCCAGAGACGCUACAGAGCUCUGAUCCUGCAGAGGAGAGACAGGGAAGACUUCCUGCAUCUAAAACGCUCUGCUGUCGUCCUGCAGGCGGCGUUCAGAGCUCACCGUGUGAGAAGAAAGGUUGCAGAGAUGCACCGAGCCGCUGAGGUCAUUCAGGCUGGCUUCAGAGGCCACAAACAAAAACUGGCCUUCAGGCGGCAACGUUGGGCGGCGUGCGUCCUGCAGCAGAGGUUCAGAGCCCAGAGGCAGAAACGGCUUCAGUUCAGGUGUUACCAGCAGGUCAGAGAAGCCAUCGUUCUUCUGCAGGCUGCGUAUCGAGGAAUGAAGUCCAGGCAGAAGAUAAGACAAAUGCAUCAGGCUGCAAGCUUCAUCCAGAGAGCUUACCGAGCCCGCUGUGGACGCAAGCAGUUUGUGACCUUAAAGAACGCCGUUGUAAAUAUUCAGCGCCGCUAUCGGGCUAACGUUGCAGCAAAGCAUCAAAGACAGCAGUACGAGCAGAUCAGGAGGGCAGCAGUCGGUCUUCAGGCGGCGUUCAGAGGGCUUCAGGUGAGGAAGGAAGUUUCUCGCUGGCAUCAGGCUGCAGCUGUAAUCCAGGCUGAGUUCAGGAAGCACAGAGAGCAGGUCAAGUUCCAGGCGAUGCGUCUGGCCGCCGUCAUCAUCCAGAGACGCUACAGAGCUCUGAUCCUGCAGAGGAGAGACAGGGAAGACUUCCUGCAUCUGAGACGCUCUGCUGUCGUCCUGCAGGCGGCGUUCAGAGCUCACCGUGUGAGAAGAAAGGUUGCAGAGAUGCACAAAGCAGCGACUGUCCUCCAGUCUCACUACAGGAGACGUAAGCAGCAGGAGGCCUUCAGGAGACGACGCUGGGCGGCGUGCGUCCUGCAGCAGAGGUUCAGAGCCCAGAAAUGUGGACGCCUUGAGGCAAAGCGUUACCAAGAGAUAGGAAGAGCUGCCCUCACUCUGCAGGCUGCAUAUCGAGGAACGAAGGCCAGACAGAAGAUGAGACGAAGGCAUCAGGCUGCAGCCGUCAUCCAGAGAGCUUACCGGGCCCGCCGUGAACGGCAGAAGUACCUGAAGCUUAGAUCGGCUGCUCUCGUGGUUCAGAGAAGAUAUCGAGCCACUAAAGAAGCCAAAGCGGCGAGGGAGCGCUACAUGGUGAUGAAGCAGGCUGCCAUCGUCCUGCAGAGAUGCUGCAGAGCGUGGAGAGCAAGACGUCAGGUCCUGGAAGCAGCCCGGGCAGAGCGGAGACUCCGUUUCACGGCUGCUGUUUUCCAUCACCUCAGCGCCAUAAAGAUCCAACGAGCCCUGAGGGCGCAGCGGGCUUUGAGAUCAGCAAAGGCACAGAUCCAUUCUGUCGUUACCGUACAGCGCUGGGUCAGAGCGAGGCUGCAGAGGAGACGAUAUCUGGAGGACCGGAGGAAGGUGGUGACGGUUCAGAGAGCCGUCAGGUGCUGGCUGGCGCGUCGCCACAGAGCCGCCGCCGUCAUCCAGCGGGCGGUCCGAAGGUUCCUCCUCCUGAGACGGCAGGACAGAGUUCACCGAGGCAUCGCCAAGGCUCAGGCUCUGUGGAGAGGACACCGCUCUCGCCUGCUGAGCGACGAUCCAAAGCUUGUGGCGCUGAGGCACCGCGUGCGCAAAGUCUCCGCCGAGGUACGGGAGGAAGACAAGCUGUGCAACAAGACCUCCUCAGCGCUGCAGUACCUGCUGCAGUACAAACACUUCUCCUACAUCCUGGAGGCUCUGAAAAACCUCGAGAUCGCCACCAGGCUGUCGCCGGAGUGCUGCGAGCGGCUGGUGGAGAGCGGCGCCACCAAAGUGAUCUUCACGCUGAUACGCAGCUGCAACAGGAGCGGGCCCUGCAUGGAGGUCAUCGCCUUCUCCGUCCAGAUCCUCCUCAACCUCUCCAAGUACCACAUGACCAUAGAGGCGGUUUACUCGGUGGAAAACUCCCUGGAAACUCUGCUGGAUUUACUGCAGAAAUACCGGGAGAAGGCUGGUGAUAAAGUGGCCGAGAAGGGCGGCAGCAUUUUCACCAAAGCCUGCUUCCUUCUCGCUCUGCUGCUGCAGGACAAACGCCGCGCCGAGGAGGUCGUUAAGGUCCCCAAGGCGCUGGAGCGGAUUCGCAGCAUCUACCGGCUCACCGCUCGCAAACACAAGAUGGACGAAGAGAGGAGCCUAACCAGGCAGAAGAUCAACGCCUCCAUCAACGGCAGCUUCUUCGUUCCGUCGACGCCUCGUAAACCGCGGCCGCCGCCAAAGUUUGCUCCAGAUUGGGUUCUCAGGAGGGACAAACUAAAAGACAUUGUGGAUCCUCUCAGGGCCAUCCAGAUGGUGGCGGAAACACUGUCUAUUGCACUCUAGUUAGACGUCCUCUGUUUUUUAUGUGUCUCAUUUUUUUGUUUUUACAGAAAAUACCAUAUUGUUUUUUUUUUAUGCUGUCGUUUGUAAAUAAUUGGAUCUGUUUUACGAUAUUAAAAUUGAUCUGUUUUAAUAA